UCUGUUGCUGUUGUUCCAAAUGGACCGACUCCUGGACCUUAACUUGUUAGAGUAGUUUUAUCUACUGAACAAAGCACACAAGAGAUAAGAAAAAAAAGGUAGGGAAAACCCCAAAAUAAUAAAAAAUAUUGGUCAUAAGUUGGAAAAAGGAACUUAGUCAUACAAGAUUACAGACAGGGAGUUGAGAAGAGGCAGCCAUAGUGACAUACAUAGAACUAGCUCACUUACAUACACACACAUGCAUUAAGAGACAAGCACGCCUUCUGUACUUGAAAAGAACCCAUUUAUCCAUGUGAUUGGCUAAGAGAAGGAGUGCACUGAGUGCGCAAGAGAGCGAGAGAAAGGAGAGUGGAGAGAGAGAGUGUGUGGGUGUGUGAGAAAGGGAGAGAGGACAUCACAGAAAUGGAGGUCACUUAAAGAGCAGAAAGGAAAAAUAUGAUGCACUGCUUAUGCUCACCAGAAGAGGGUAGCAGACUCUAACAUGUCUUAUAAAAUGGACUCCUCUGGCCCCAAACAAGGAUUCACCUGUGGAAGGUCAAACAGUGCACUUGAUGAUGCAUUUUCUGUAACACAACUAACAUAGAGAUCUUACACAUGCAGCAUGUUGGCUAUUCACCUAAAAAUGAUCAACUUUCCACAUUAAGAUACACUUGCUAAUGCUCUCCUGCUUACAUACACUGGUUCAGUAUUAAAAUGUUGUCUCAGAUAGCAUUAGGUGUGAUUCUCUCCUGCCUCAUCUUGUUAACGGUGUGUGGAAACGUGCUGGUGUGUCUGGCUGUCUGCGCAACCAGACGUCUACGCAGUGUCACCAACUGCUUCAUUGUGUCCCUCGCCAUUACUGACUUACUACUUGGAGCUCUCGUCCUCCCUUUCUCCACUCUCAUUGAGGUGACUGGGGAUUGGCCACUGGGAGCUCACUUCUGCAAUGUCUACAUUUCAAUGGAUGUCAUGCUGAGCACUGCUUCUAUUCUUAACCUCCUGGCCAUUAGCAUAGAUCGCUACAUUGCAGUCACGGUGCCUUUACGCUACCCCACUCUGGUGCUGCCAUGGCAUGUUGGUACGUCAUUAGCAGUAAUCUGGCUGGUAUCUAUUGGUGUCUCGUUUGUUCCUAUUCACCUGGGCUGGAAUACGGUGGACCAAACGGUGCAGAAUCACGGUAAGGAUGACCCUGCGGGAGACUGUCGCUUCGAGCUAAAUCCCACUUAUGUGGUAGUGGAUUCAGUAGUAACCUUUUAUCUCCCCCUGGUGGCAAUGUGCUGGACUUAUUACAGAGUGUUCCGCAUUGCACGGGCCCAGGCAAAGAGAAUCCUUUCCAUACAUCGAGCGUACUCUUCAACCACUAUGUCUUCAUUAUCAGGAGCAUCAGCGUUAGCACUACGUGAACACAAAGCUGCAGUGAGAUUAGCAGUUGUGCUGGGCGCCUUUGUAGUUUGUUGGUUUCCCUAUUUUACUUUUUUCACCAUUAUGGGGAUACGAAAGGAGACAGAUCUUCCACGCACUGCAUACUCAGUGGUCAUGUGGCUAGGCUAUGUUAACUCUACGUUAAACCCAUUCCUGUAUGCUGCGCUUAACAGGGAAUUUAGGUCUGCUUAUUGCAGGCUUUUGUGUGGCUGGAGGGGCAUUAACACACCAACAGGAACGCCAACUACUGCACUAGAGGCGGGGCUGUUGAAUGGGCUCACCCCUUCCAGCAGCAGGACAGAAUUCAUACCUGGAGCCUGUAUCAUGCUACAGGACAUGAGCAACGGAAACAGGGAUGGCAGCAAUGGGACAUCUCUUAGCAUCAUCAGUGUCCUGUCUAAUGGCCACAACAGGUAUUGGAGGCACAAAACUAAUGGACAACAAUUAGAAUACACAUUACAGGGACCACUUUAUAAAUGUAUUUAAUUUUACUUAAUGAAUACAUUUUUGAUUUAUUACAAGGGUAUGAUGUUCAAUAAUCAUCUCUCUAUCCCUGUUUAUUUCUCUCUGCCAGAUCAUAAUACUUUGAACAAAUCUGGACGCUGUCUCUCUUUCCAUAACCCCAAUCUAGGCUUCACCCCAGUUUCUAACGGCCCCCUAGUAUGAAGCAGGUAGCUAAAGAUAAAAUUACUCUGAAAUAUAUGCAUAAAAAGAAGGUUUAGGAGUUCUGCAAUGCAAAAUGGAGAUUAAUUUUCUUUCUGUUAUCUUCAGUAGGAGUUGUCAGCCAUAGUCUGAUGAAACAUUUGGUCCUCUUGAGAGUUCUGAGGAAAGAAAAGCUCUGAAGAAAGAUUGAAAGAUUGUGUAUUGAAUCUUACAAGAACAGCUAAAAAAAAAUAUGAAUAAUGGGGCAAAAGUGUGUGGGGGGGAAGCUAACAACGACAACACAUCUAAUAACAAACAAACACAUCUCUCUGCAAACAGACGAGGCCUGAUUGUUGGCGGCUACAGGGAUAGAGACUGUUAGAAACGAACAGAAAGCGUUCUGUGCUAUAUGGUGCCCUCUCCAGGUCAGUGGAGGAACUGCAACAUAAAUGUGAAGACUGUACAAAGACUGAAAAGUUAUCGUUUGUUUUUAUUGCUGUCAACUAAUGCCAAAAAUCUGUAGAGAAUUUCAUGUUCAACGAGAAUAUAUAAAGAUAGAUUUAAAGAUGAACAGUAAAAUAUCCAAUAAAAAAUACUAACUC